GGCCGGUUUGUAUUUGCGUCAUGACGUUUGCAGUUUCCCCGUCUCCUGAUUGGACGGCUGUCGCGAACUGUCGAAAUUCAAAUAGAAGCUUCAGCAGUGCGGAGUACGGCGGCGGAGAACGAGACGUGGGGUUAUAUAGCGGCACCGGAUACGGCAGGAUGAGUCUGCAGAUAUUCAAUGAUGAGAACUUUGGGAGCGACAUAAUAGCAGAGACCUGUGACUUCCUGCUCACUCCUCCGGGCACCGGCAGAGCCUCCAUACUGCGCCCGUCACAGAAGGACAAUCUGCCUCCGAAGAGUGCGGUGAAAAGCAUGAAGGUGACUUUCCAGACGCCAAUGAGGGACCCCGCGACUCGCAGGAUCGUAACUCCCAGCGUGGCAAACAAACAGGAGAGCAUGUUCACACUGGAUGACUGUGCUCAGGCACUGGAGCAGCUGCACCUCUCUGCCACAUGUUUGACUGAGGCCAACAAUGUUAGAAGUGACCCCUCAAGCCUUCCUGAAGAUGAAAUCCCAUUGAAUAUGGGAGCGAAUACAGUCGACUUUGACAAUCUGGAUGGAAUCGAUCCCUUCAAAAGCACAAAUAAAAUGAUGAACUCACCUGUGAAAUCUGAGCCUCCAGCAUGUGACAUCACUGAGCUAUCCCUAGACUUGGAGGUGAAAUGUUUGUCAGAGGUCACUGAUGUUAAGCCUGAUGAUCAGACUGGGGCUCUAUUGAGGGAUAGCCCAUCAAAUCCAGAGUCCCCUGUACAGCUCGGCCCUGGAAGGGAUGACUCGUCUAGCAAAGUGUCUCUAGAUGACACUCUUCCGAUCAUGGAGUCUAAUCCUGCACUUAUGGAGGCAUCAAACUUGGCCCCGUGUGACGAAUUAGAAAAGAGUAGCCCCCCAACAGAGGAGCAGUCUGUAAGUGUAGACAUCUCUGGAGUAGACAUGGUACAAAACUCUACAAAUGUGGAUGCUGAUACUUCAUCACGUGAUGUCCCAAAUUCUCCCCCACUCCCAAAAGCCUCCUAUAAAUUUGACCUUGACCAGAUGGAUACCAUUGAUCCUUUUAAUACCGGAGGUUCAAAGCUGCAAAACUCUCCAAAGAAACCAGUUUCUGAAAAUGGGGCUGAUCCCAAAGGCGAGCCAUUGAAAAUGGAGUUUGACUUUGGGGGUGGCGAUGCUGCUGUCAGAAAACCACCACCCAAGAAGCUGGGGAAGCGUCUUGGUGUCAAACCUAUGGCUAAGAAACCAGCUGAGCCCAAGGAAGCCCCAUCAGAGAAACCUAAAGAACAAGAUCCUCCCAAGCAGUCUGAACCUGAAGAAAUCAUCGUUCCCAAAGCCUCAUACAACUUCAACUGGGACAGGUUUGAUGAUCCCAACUUCAAUCCUUUUGGAAUUGGAGGACCAAAAAUUGUUGCAUCCCCUCAAGGGGUGAAGCCUGCCACCUGUGAUCCACCCUGUGUGGUGAAAGAGGACAGUCCACCCAAAGCAGAUGCUGGCAAAUCUGGGGAGGAAUCGAGUGCAAAGGCUGAUGGUUCAUCAGAAAACACUGAGCGAUCCCUUGAGCAAACCAGCAUAGCUGACACAGAGCCAGAGACUGUAGGAACAGUAGACGUGACACAAGGGAACAAGGUUGAAGAUGUUGUGAAGACUGUUCCAGAAGAAAUUGCCAAUGUACAGUCUGAAGACAAGCCUCUAGAGUCUUCUGAUUCUAUUGCACUUCCCAUCGAUAAAGUAUUACCAGAUACAGAGUUAGGUGGCACCUUUCCGACCGGCUUCACACCAGCCAAUGACUUUGACUUCAUGCCUGCUACUGAAUUUGAAGGUUUUGGCCAACCAAUAGAAAUUGACUACUUGGAGAACUUUGGCUCCUCUUCAUUUAAGGAAUCUGCUCUCCGAAAGCAGUCCCUGUACCUGAAAUUUGAUCCUCUGCUGAGAGAGUCUCCCAAGAAGUCUGCUCCCGCGGGCACGGAUCUGGUGUGCCAUGCCCCACUACAGAGCGGCCCUGAACUCUUUGGGUUCUCUUUACCUGAACAGUCUCUAACACUGAUUCCAAGCCUUGAAAAUGAGGAAAAGCCUAAAGGACUUGAUCUACUGGGGACUUUUACUGUGUCCGACAAUGCUCCCUUAAUUCCAGACCCCACAAACAUUGUGCCAGCUUCUGACUCUUUCCUGCUGCCAUCUGAUGUGGGGGCAAUCGUCGACGUUCUUAAAUACAGCCAGAAAGACAUGGACGCAGCUAUAGAGGAAGUCAGGCUGGAGGUUCAAGAAAAAGAGUUGAAAGUUUUAGAGUGGAAAAAUAAACAUGAGAGACUUUACCUGGAAUAUGUUGAGAUGGGAAAAAUUGUUGCUGAGUUUGAGAGCACGAUCACACAAAUGUUGGAUGAUUCAAAACGGCAGAAAGAACUGAGCAGGCUAGAACUACAGAAAGAGAUCCAGGAGAAGCAGCAAGUGCAGAUAGACCUCAACUCCAUGGAAAAAUCCUUCUCCGAGCUCUUCAAAAGGUUUGAGAAGCAGAAGGAGGUUUUGGAAGGAUAUCGUAAGAACGAAGAGGCCCUGAAGAAAUGCGUUGAAGAUUAUCUUGCAAGGAUAAAGAAAGAGGAGCAACGCUAUCAGGCCCUUAAGGCCCAUGCAGAGGAGAAGCUGAACAGGGCCAAUGAGGAAAUAGCCCAAGUACGAAACAAAGCCAAAUCGGAAGCAACAGCUCUACAGGCCACACUACGUAAAGAGCAGAUGAAGGUUCAGUCACUAGAACGCAGUCUAGAACAAAAGACAAAAGAAAAUGAUGAGCUGACCAAAAUAUGCGAUGACCUUAUCCUGAAGAUGGAGAAGAUCUGAUCUGCCACUGUAGCACUUUGUAUAUUUUAACUGUAUCACUGUUUGUCUCUUUAUAUGUGUAAUAGGAAUUAAUAAAUAGAACUUUAUUUAACG